AUGCUGUUCUUCUGGCUCCGAUUCUUCGGCUACCGGCAAGACAAGCUCAGUGCGGCGGAGGAUGAGGACGACGCCGCCCCGGCCACUAUCGUGCCUGGGCGCUACUGCUCCCAGCCUCGCAAGAGCAUCAUGUAUCACCCCGCGGAGAUACGCAUCGAGCACUCGCCGGCGCCGCUGGACGGAGACCUCGCCACGGCGAGGCGCGGGACACAGCGGCGCGCGGCGAUCGACUUGGACCGCGGCGACAGCGUGUUGGGUUCCCUGAGGAUAUCCGUGGACGCCCUGCCCACGCGCCAGCACAACAUGUCGGUGCCCCUGCACAGCUACACGGACUUCACGAUUAUGCACAAGGGCAGGUUGUCAAAGAUCGUCAGUGCCAGCCACAAGUUCACAGGAGAAGAGGUGGCCAUCAAAAUGUAUGACAGGACUGUGAUGUCAGCGAUCCAGUUGGAGGACAUUGCAAGAGAGAUAGACAUCUUGGUUAUGGCAAAAGGGGUCGAUGGCAUUGUGCAAUAUGAGAAAGCAGACAACGGCAAGUACCUCACAGCAAUUGUGCUCAAGGGCUGCACUGGAGGCACACUUGCAAAACGCCUGGCCAAUGCAGGAGGGAGGAUGCCAGAGGUGAUGUGCGUCCGUGACGUUGUGAAGCCCCUGGUUUCUGCAUUGGCGUGGCUCCAUGAGCACAACGUGGUGCACAGGAAUCUGAAACCCCAGCACAUCUUGUUUGAUGAUGAGGACGAGUUGCGGAUCUGCGACUUCUUCAUCGCUGCAGUGAUGGGCAAGACUGCCCUGGUGGGUCGCGAGGGCAGCCUGGCAUACAUGGCCCCCGAGAUGGUCACCAAGCCCACAGAUGAUGAGAUUUUCCAUGAGGUUAUCGACAAUGGCAUCUCGGAGACUGACCUCCCAUCCUACAACGAGAAGGUGGACAUAUGGUCCCUGGGGGUUAUCACUGUCGAGCUCCUGACAGGCCACAAGCCCUUCAUCGCCAACACCCCCGGCGAGAUGGCUGCGGUGCAGAAGCAGGAGCUGCAGGGCGACAGGUGGGGUGGCGUCCUGGACUUCAUCCGCGAUCAGGAAUUCCUGUCACUAUCGGGCCAAGACUUCCUGUCCUCAAUCUUGAGGAUCGAUCCCAGAGACCGGCCCUCAGCAAGGGCGCUGAUGGCACACCCAUGGCUGGACACGGUUCACAGUGACCUAGAAGCCUGA